GAGAGAGAGAGAGAGAGAGAGAGAGAGAGAGAGCUCACGUCACUCCCGGGGACCACACACCCUUUUGGGAUUGCACAGUGAGGACCUGACUGAAGCCAGGUGUGGUGAUCAAACUGAAGCUAGGUUCAGUAGAACUCCGUCCAGAGACAGAGCUGAUUUUACAGAAGCUCAGAGCCCAGAGGGAAAACAGACAUGUCAGGCAGUGUCAUCAGAAGAAACACCAGCAAGCAGGGACUGCACAACCUCCUGAGACUGACGGCACAACGCAGCAUAGACGAUGCAGAGGAGAGCGAGCGAGAGCGCCGCAGGCGGGCGAGGGAGGCGGCACGCGCCCGUGGUGGGGGAACAGACUCUGGGGGGGCCCUACAGGACAGUGUGCCUCAACCCGAGAGCAGUACGCCCCAAUCUGCGCCCCAUUCUGAGAACAGUGAACCCCGAUCCAAAGACAGCGUGCCCCAGUCUGAGGACCGAGCACCCGCAAACAAAGAGAGAGCACUGGACGCUGGUUUAAAGCCCGGCUGCCAGGCAACUCUGGAGGAGGACGAGGGCUUCAGCAACUGGACCCUGAAACCGGGGGGAAGCCAUCAGCAUCACCCAGGGCAACGGAGCCCUGGAGGAGCCCCCAGCGCUGAUGGGAGCCUCCUCUUCCCAGCACACCUGACUUCUAAACUGCAAGAAGAAGAGGAGGAGAACAGGGAUGAGUAUGCGAUGAAGGAGAGAGAGAGGAGUGGGGAGCAGGACCAGAGGGAGAGGGAAGAAGUCGAGGAGGAGGAGCGGACAGAUUCAAAGAAGGCAGAGCUGGACACACGAAAAACAGAGGAAAAGGGUGAGGACAAACAGACAAAGGUAACAUAUGUGUCCAGCAUCUUUCUGCACCAGGAAAAGAGACGCAUAAUCUCCAAUGGAGAUGCAGCAGGAGAGGAAAUGACAUCAUGCACAGUUACGACUAAAAGGACACAAAGGAGCCGCAGUGUGCUGGAAGAGGUAGAGAAUGAUACGAACAAGGUGGAGGUGAAGGGGGAGAUGAUAUGGAGAAGCCAGAGGGGGAAGGGGAGACGAGAGCAGGAGGAGCAGCUCUGGAGGAGGCAGCUGGAGGCUGAGGCGCAGCUGGAGGAGCUGAGGAAGAGGAGAGAGGAGCGACGAAGGGCCCGUGAGGAAGAUGAGCGGAGGAGGGAGGAAGAAAAGCGCCAACAGCUGAUACAGGAGGAGGAGAACAGGAGGCAAAUGAAGGCUGAGAUAGAGAGGAGGCGGAUGGAAGCGGCAGAGAGGAUGAAGAACCUCAGCAUCAAUGAGGGGGAGGAGCCUUUCAGCCCAGUCAUCCCCAAGAGCCCCACCUUCAAGAAACUGCUCAUACAGUUUUACCCUAAUGAGACAGAGGAGAGGGUGACUGCAGAAAACACAAGCUCGAUUAUUGAAAGGACAGAAUCCUUGAACCGGUCCCUGAAGAAAAAUGUGAAGACGCUGCCCACGUUCCAUGUCUCCACGAUCGAUGACAGACUGAAGCAGUACACUCACGCCCUUGAGACGUCAUCCAGAGAGGGCCGGCACACUCUGACUGACCUGCCCCGCUCCCCGGAACCUGUGGCCUCAAAGAAGAGCCUGUUUGAGGCUGGGGAUGCCUGGAGCCAGGGCACCACCAAGAACCAACAGCACAAGGAUGCAGAUGGUCUUAAAGUGGGCAUGGCAGGUAUGGUCUCUCACUGGGUGAAGGAGAAUCCUGAGAGCUGCAGCAGAAAGUUCCUCUCAAAACCAUCUAGUGUCGGAGCUGGUGAUGUGCUGAACAAAAAGAACCUGUGGGAGUCUGUAAGAGCCACCUCCUCUGGGGGGUCAGCAGAGAAGGGCCCCCUUUGUGGUAAAAGAUACACAUUUGUUGUGACAGGUCAUGGGAAAUAUGAGAAGAUGCCAGUCAAUAGCAGUGGUCAUGAGUAACUGAGUGCAACAUCAAGUAAGAGACUUAUAACUGUCUUUCUUUUUU